CUAUGUUGUGUCAAGAAUGCCUCCUUCAAUAGCAUCGGCAGUAGCAGUACAAGCUAUUUCCUGAUAACAGCGAUAACAACAAAAACGCAACAUACAUUAAUGGCAUCACCAUCAAAUAUAUAUCUUACGCUGGCUUUAAAUGGAAUUUGGCCACACACUGUUGAAUUGCUUAUUCAAUGUCGUCAAGAGAUUAUAACACAAAAUGGAAUGACUAAAUUUGUGAUUAAUAAUGAAAUGAAUAGG